AUGAAGGGUGCUAGUGGACUGUCUCUCCUGCUCUUGAUGGUACUUGGAUCCUGCUUUGGCCUACAGGAAGUGGAGGAUGGUGAACCUUGGGAGAAGAUUCGAGUUGUGAAAAUACUGACGGACAGGGAUGAGAACAUCCCACCAUACCUCCAACAUCUUGCAAACCCGAGAGAUAGAAAUCAACCAGACCCGGCAUCAAUGUUCAGUGUAGCCAAGGAACUUCAAGGUUUUGGGAAAGAAAGAGCUGGCUUCAGGUUUAGGUUUGGUAGAGACGAAGGGAAUGAUGUUGAUGACUUUGAACCACAACUGGACAAACGAGUAGGCACAGCCCUUGGAUCACUGGCUGAAGAGUUAAACGGUUACAAUAGAAAAAAAGGUGGCUUCAGUUUCCGAUUGGAAGACGAUAGAUCAAAACAUUUCAUUGCGUCUACGUGCCAGUCUCUCAAAUUAUUUUAUAUCUCCUGUUCCCCAAGUAUUAAAAAAAGUCACGGGCAAGACUUCUUGCUUUAAGCUGUUGAAAGUGCUGUACAAAUAUAUUCCUGAUUCUGUAGCACACUUCCAUCCAUUAAAGCAAACAUUUGCAGAAUCCAUUUUCAAACAAGUCAAUGAAAUCUUCCUGCUAUACAAGUGAGAGAGUAAUGAAUCAAUUAUGCCCAAGACUCAUCCAAACUCUGUGUUUCUUUUAUCGGUUGGGUAUGGAAAGAUAUUGAAAGUUUAUAGGAGAACUGACAGGUUUUUUUUUUUUAACCUAGUGGCUCAUGAAUAUUAUUUUAACUGUUAAAAUAUCUGCUAAAGAGACUUUGAAAACAAACUGGGGUUUAACAAUGUAUCAAACUGGAGUUUUUAUUUUGUACAACAAACUAUUAAAAAGGAAAAAAAAUAA